AUGUGGGCGCGGCCAGGUUCUCUUAUUUUGAAACGAGUCGUCACAUCCGGUCCGGAGGAUCGACACAGCUGUUUAGUCAACGCCGAAAACUGGACGCAUCUGACGGGCCACGAGCAGCAUGCAGAGCCACCAGCGGCCGGCCCCGGGCCCCCAGCCCCUCUAGUGGGCCGUCCACCCGGAGAAAGGGAGCCCAUGAACGCCUCACACGGCUUCCGAGCGCGUGCCACGGCGGCGGCCCGCGUGGACCCGUCUGUGGGAGCAGCUGGGAUGAGAAGCGCAACUUUCCCGAUCCAGACCUGCACGCCGACCGAGCCCAGAUCGGUGCCGUGGGUCAGUGGCACCUUCCACGUCGCCGGCAUGUGCGAGGUGGCCGUGGAGGAGGAGCCCAGCCGGGAGAUCUCGGACUGGGACCGGCGCUCCUCGGCGGCGGAGAGCGGGCUCGUGCUGGUGGUCAACCACGGGCGGGCGCACGCGCCGCUCAGCGUGCUGCUGGCCACGCUGCUCUACUGCGCCGAGUUCGUGACGGCCGCCGUGCUCAGCAGCAUGUACCGCGAGACGGACGACCACAUCUGGAUGGGCUUCACCGUGGCCUUCAUGCUGCUGCCGGCCGUGCUCAUCCAGCUGACCCUCACCUUCAUCCACAGGGACCUGGGCCGGGACCGGCCCCUGGUCCUGUUCCUGCACCUGCUGCUGAUGGGCCCCGUCAUCCGGUGUUUCGAGGCCCUUGCGGUCUACUUCAAGGCGGGCAAACGAGAGGAGCCUUAUGUCACCAUCUCCAGGAAGAUCAGGCUGAAGAAGGACAAACAGACGCCCAUGGAGCUGGAGAUCGGCCAAUCGGAGCGCACGCUGGCCGUGCACAGGAACGCCUUCAAGCGCACGGCCGUCAUCCAGGCCUUCCUGGGCUCCACCCCCCAGCUCACCCUCCAGCUGUACGCCACCAUCCAGGAGAAGUACAUCCUCCCGACCAGAUGUAAGGAGCUGGGGCUCGGGGUGGUUCUGAUGGUCAUCACCCUGAUUUCCAUCACAUACGGGGCUCUGGUGUGCAGCGUCCUGGCCAUCCAGAUCAGAUACGACGACUACAAGGUCCAGCUGCGGCCGCUGGCCUACGUGUGCAUGGUGGUGUGGCGGGGCCUGGAGAUCGCCACCCGGGUCACCGCCCUGGUCCUCUUCAGCACCGCGCUGACCCACUGGGUGGUCCUGGUGGGCUCGCUCAACCUGCUCUUCUUCUUCUUCCUGCCCUGGGUGGAGUUCUGGAGCAAGAGGGGCUCGCUGACGGAGGGCGUGGAGAAGAACUUCUCCAAGCUGGGCACCACGGUGGUGCUGUGCAUGUUCACGCUGCUCUACGCCUGCAUCAACGUCUUCUGCUGGUCGGCCGUGCAGCUGGACCUCACGCACCGGGAGCUGAUCGAGCGGCGGCAGGGCUGGGGCCGGCUGGCCCUGUACUACUCGGCCCGCUUCGUGGAGAACUUCCUCCUCAUCACGCUCUGGUACUUCUUCAAGUCGGACUUCUACGAGUACGUGUGCACGCCGCACCUGGCCGUGCAGCUGCUCAUCUGCUACAGCCUGGCCGUGCUCUUCAUGCUGCUCUUCUACCAGUUCUUCCACCCCUGCCGGCGCCUCUUCAAGCACAACGUCCACGACUGCCUGCGCUGCGUCUGCUGCCACAAGGCGGGGAGGCGGGGGGGGGCGGCCGCCCCGCCUCCGCCGUCCUACUCCACGGCCGGCACCAUGGUGCUGACCGCCGAGGAGCCGCUGGAGCUGCUGGAUCCCCAGAACUCCCACCGCUCCGACCCCGGCGGCCGGCCGGCGGAGCGGGAGACGGCCAUCGUUGAAGGCAUGAUGGAGGCAGCAUGAGAGCCGGAGACUGGGUGUCUUUUGUUUGUUUGUUUUUUUUGUUUUU